AUGGGCAACUAUAUCUCUUGCACGCUGGCCGGCGCCCCAGGAGGCAAGCAUUCUAGAGCCACAAAAGUGAUCUUUCCGGGCGGCGAAAUUCGAAAAUUCCAUGAACCCAUUAAGGCGGCCGAACUCAUGCUCGAAAUCCCGAACUACUUUCUCGUAAACUCAAAGUCUCUCCACAUCGGACGGAGGUUUUCUGCGCUCAACGCCGACGAAGAUCUAGAGAUCGCCAACGUUUACGUCAUGUUCCCCAUGAAGAGAAUGAGAUCUGUCGUGUCAGCUGCAGACAUGGGCGUCUUGUUCCUCACCGCCAACUCCAUGGCCAAUAACAGCGUCUCCGGUGGGAAGGUUAGGUUCUUACUUGAGUCUGGGAACUCUCCACAGAUGGUGGAGGGAAGAACAACCGAUGAAAGGAUGGAAAACGAGGCAGCUCAUCAUGUGGAGGUGCCAAAGUUAAAUUUGGAUGAUAUCGAGGAGUUCUCGACACCGGAGUUCAUGCAUAGGUUGUCCAUGUGCAGGUCAAAGAAACCAGUGUUAGAUACCAUAGCAGAAGAGCCAAUUUAUUCAUCCUGA